GUAUCAUUGGAACAGAAGACCUAGCUGCAGAUGUGUCUACAAGCAGUGGGGUGAGAUUUUACCCCUGGACAAUAGACAAUAAAUAUUAUUCUGCUGAUAUUCACCUGUGUGUGGUGCCAAACAAAUAUCUUGUUACAGCAGAAAUUGCUGAAUCCGUCCAGGCGUUUGUGGUUUACUUCGACAGCACAACAAAGUCUGGUCUUGACAGCGUCUCUACAUGGCUUCCUCUGGCAGAAGAAUGGUUACCAGAGGUUAUGAUCUUAGUGUGUGACAGAGUAUCUGAAAAUGGUGUGACCCGACAGAAAGCUCAAGAGUGGUGCAUCCAACACAGUUUUGAACUGGUGGAACUGAGGCCAGAGGAUCUUCCAGAUGAAGACGAUGACUUUCCAGAGACCACGGGGGUGAGCCGCAUCGUACAAGCCUUGAAUGCCAAUGUCUGGUCCAAUGUCGUCAUGAAGAGUGACAGGAGUCAAGGCUUUGGCCUACUCAGCACGCUAGCAGGCGCAAACUGCAGCAUUGAGACGGAAGAGAACCAAGAUACAAAACCUCAUCCACCAGCCGUGGAGAGAGCAGAAUCUCACAUAGACAGCAGAGAUGAUGCAGCUAGCCCAAACAACUUACAGAUUGACAGCAUUGUAGAUCCCUUGUUAGAUAUGGAUAUUCAAGAGCUAGCCAGUCUUACCACAGGAGAAGGAGAUUUGGAGAAUUUUGAAAGACUGUUCUCAAAGCUGAAAGAAAUGAAAGACAAAGCAGCAACAUUGCCCCACGAACAGAGAAAACUACAUGCCGAGAAGGUGGCCAAAGCAUUCUGGAUGGCUAUCGGAGGAGACAGAGAUGAGAUUGAAGGCCUCUCCUCAGAUGAAGAAAACUAAGUUCUCUGUAGCUGUCUGUAGAUGACCUGCUGUGAUAUUCCAAAAGUAAUGGUGGUCAUUUCUUACAAUCCACAAACUCACAUUUUGCUGAAGCUGCCAUUGGACUUUGUUUGCUUAGAAAAUUUAAGUGAUUCUCCUUGUUGUGGAGAGUAGCACAUUCCAUAGCACCUGAAAGUGCAUUAGAUUGUGUUGGUUCUCCUGCCUAUAUUCUCUCUCUCUCUUCUCUCUGUCAGGCUAUACUCGUAAGGCAGCGUGCACCGUCUCUAUCCUUUGUAGCGAACCAGUUUAUUUUUUUUCCAAAUAACCAUUUUUAUGGAGCCCUUUGCUUUUAAAAAAAUUCACCCUUGGUUGCCUUUUUUUCAAGGGGUUGUCCAAUCAGUACUUGAAUCUAAACUCAAGAUUUCAGCCCUGGAUUGGUCUAAAGCUUUUGCGUAGCUUUAGAGCUAAUUUACUGGGUUAAAGGAACCAGACUCAUUUCAGCCAUGGACAGAACCCUGCUGAAUAGCACUCCAUUGUGAGAUGGUGGGACAGGCUGCAAGAUGAAGCCUGUUUGCUGAUUGCUAUCAAUAUUAAAAGUGACCUGGGGACAGGCACAGGCCUAGUACCGGUGAAUUUUAUCUUAAAUUCCUAGUAAAAGCCAUCACUCGGCAACACUAAAUUGUCACAUGACAAUGCCUCACCGCCUUAGUCACUGGUAUUUAUUAGAGCCAGCAGCAAGUGGGUGGAGUAUUGUUUUGUAGUGGCAUCAACUGCAGGAAAAAGUACAGUAGAUGAACAAUGUGUGCACUUAGCGUAGUGUUCCACUGCUGCUGCUUGUAGAUGCUUAGUCUUCAGAGUGUGUGUCUCUUCUGCCUUCUGUUGUCCAGGUAGCAGAAGACUGAGACUGUAUUUAGAGUCUGAGUACACAAGGCACCGUUGAAUAAUCACUAUGAAGACAAGAAAUCCGAAAGGAAGAAGAUGGGUGACAAGGAAAAAAGCCAGUUGCCAGUUUAGUCUGCUUUUCUCAUCAAGCCACUGCCCCUCAGAGAGCACUAAGGAUUCCGUGAAAGGAAGUGGGACCUACCUUAAACAGUGGCCCAUAAAUUCCAUGAUAACUUCAGCAGAAGAGAAAAGCCACUUUAGAUGAUGCAACCAGCAGGCUUGCCAUUAUUCAGGGCAAGAACCAUGGCUGUGCCUCUGGCUUAUCACGUGCAACAACUCGUAGAUGCCAAGUGUACACCCUUCUCUGCCUGAAAAUAGCCAGUGUCAAGAUAAUCUUUUUUUUUUUUUUAAA